GGGUUGUGUUGUUCGUUCAUGCGCUGACAUUUAAAUGAUAAACACGUGCAUUGCAUUGGAAUUACGCGCAUAUCAAGCAUCGGCUCAGCGCUCACAUACGUCCGCGCAGUUGCGCCGCGACAACCUCGACAACUCCGCCGACGCUUUUUCCACAGCUCCUUUUUUCAACAUUGCUUUUGCCAAUGGCAAAACCACACACACCCAACUGACCUGAGACUUUGUGGGAUAACUAAAACAGAACUCCUCAACCAUGCCAACCCUCAAACAACGUGCUACUAGGAAAACCUUUGGACCUCUGGAUUCUACGUAACGGCUCUUCCCAUUCUCAAUGCACAAAGAUGCAGACCAGGACGCAAACUGCCGAGUUGCUGUGUAAGGCUGAGGAUGACCGGAAAGACUAUGUGUACUGUGAUAUCUGGAAUACAGCAGCAGAUAAGCCCUGCUCCAAAGCUCGAGUGCAACGCCGUCGUGUUGAAGCAAAGGGCAUUCACCGCCAAUUCACGCUGUUGAGCACGGAUAUGCGCUCCUGGCUUGGAAGUUCCAACGGUAGUUUCUGUUUGCAGGCUCCCACGGGUGACCUUCCCAAUACCGUCAAGCUGUAUGGAUGCAAAACAUGCAUGAAGGCAGUGAGAGCAGAGAGACAGCACAGGGUAGCCAGUGCCAGGCCUUCUGCCAGUGACAAUGAGGACGGCACUCUUCCCCCCAGCGGCGACAGCACUCCGCCCCCCAGCAGCGACGCUGCCAACCUGCCCCUGCCCACUGUGCGCACUCAGUCUCACGUUGAUAUUCGCCUCCCAAAGCGACUCAUGCGCCCGCUUCAGUCGAAGUUUCAAGGUGUUGCCCCUCCUGAUGCCGAAGCUCGCCGCAGCCGGUCCCGCACAACAUCUGGUGUCCUCGAGGGUUCAUCAGCAAAGCCGUGGGACAAACUGGAGAUGUUGUUUUUCCUCAGACUCACGGAUGAGGUUGAAGAUGAAGAUGAGGGGGAUGACAGGAUUGACGAACCAACAACGCCGGGGCCUGAGGGGAGGACCUACGCAGCAAAGCUGCAGAUGCUCAUGGAGAACCCACUUGUGCACAAGCAUGGGCAGCUUCUUUUCCCUAUUGGAAACAUGGAACGGUUUAUUGAUCAUAUGAAUACCACAUGCGUUGGGCUGUUUGACAUGAAGAUGACCAUGGUCGUUGGGGACGUGCCUCUGAAGCGCAGCUCAAAGUGGAGUGAGAAACACCAUGAUAGGAUCCGCCGCAGAGUGUUCAUCGCGAUCCUGCUCGAUCUCAGCACACGACACCUUCGUGCAAACUACCUUCAGUGCUGGAUGUCCACCCAGCUCCAGCUUUCCAACGUCAGCACCGAUCAGCAGACAAAGAUCGCCAGGGUUGGCCUCUCCCUUGUCCCGCAACACAACACUGUCCGAGCGCAGGCUGCCAUUGCCGCUCACGAAGGGGAUGUGUCCGCGCGACUUGCGCUUCCCAACACAUCCGCUGUGGUUCUUGUUGAUGAUUUCAAUUGGCAUCAGGGGAGAGGCACGCCAAAUGAGCGGGGAAAGCGAUCAAUCACCCGGACAACAGCAAAUGUUGGAGUGCGUACUUGGGAUGUCUCGGAGAUGCCUCGCCUACCCUCUGGGCUGGGGCCGUUGCGCCCCAAUUUUCACACAAUCGGGUUUGCAGAGGAUCAACAUGUUCCUUUGCAGUAUUGUCAGCUGUUGGAUCGGACACUGACAUCCUACAUUGUCAAACGUGGGAACGGAGGGGAAAUACGCCAGAUGUAUGACACCCGGCGCUUGGAUCGGGUGUGCUCCAUCAAAAACUUUGUGGCGUUGGCAAGCGAAGACAACCCGAUAAAGUCUGAUGAGGAUAUGGUGAAGCUUUAUCAGGAGACAAUCAUCCUGAAACUUCGGCCAUAUAUCGAUGAAUCGCCAAUCGUUGUAUCCGGAGACUUCUACGUCUGGAUGGGAACCCAUAAGUUCCUCACGGGCUCUGCGGAGGGGCAGCAACACUCCGGAAAAUUCUUGGAUUGGCCUGGAUCGUUUCACAUUGCCUUGAACAUGCAGGAAGCAGCAUACAAGCACUGGUUCCCCCUUCUUAAGAUCCUUUACAAAGCGGCAUUUCCGGGUCUCGUUUGUCCACAGGUCAAUCUGCGUCCCAUUCAACGUGUUCUCCUGCUGUCUCUCGCACUUCAGGCAUGGCAGCUUGCUCACACGCCGACGUCGACAGCCCCGAUGGCGCAUGACUACAGUUGGGGCGGGAAUGUUAUCCGUACCUUCUUCAAGGAGCAUCUACCGCUCAUGCUCGACGCACCAGUGAUUAUCACAUCCCUCAACUACGAUCACUUUGAGGAAUUCCUUGUUUGCCGCCUCCUGUUCUUCAUACAAAUGGGGAAGCAGAACUACGUGACAAUCAUCCUUUGCAUUCUUGGGCGCAUGGGCUUCUACCGUGCGCACAACAUCCCGCUUUACAAAUGGAUCCAAAACAACUUCCGGUAUCUCAGCGAGGAGGCCAUCGAACUCUGGCAUUCAGUCAUCCGUCCCCUUAUUCAUCCGACGAUGCAGCAGAAUCAAGCCGAGCAGCGAGUCAUGUUCAAAGCUGCCCUCCAAGAAGCCGAUGCUCAGGAAGCGGCAGUACUGAAUCUUCGCCAAGGCAAGCUACAGGGAGCAAACGCUGGGACGUUGUUGUUCCAAUUCCGCAAAGACCAGGAGUGCAACCUCCAGGCUGCGGCGGAUAAGCUUCUCAGCAUUCUUGACCAGAUAAUCGUCUACAACAGAGACCAUGGCGGCCCAGCCUAUGAGAGGGAAUCAAGGACAGCUGGCAAGAAUCCGGUGACCACGCGGUUGUAUCGUUUCACCACAGAGCCUGACGGCCUGCUGCUAGGUGAGGCAGUCAUCCCACUCACCCAGCGACGCCCAAAUGCACAAGGCCACACCGUAGUCAAG